GCGCAGUGAGUCUCCCACUCAAUUGUGCGGUAUUUUGGUGUGUUGAAUCGGGAGACGUUUUGGGUGCAGCGCCGGAGCGGAGACUUCAGCAGAACCUUCUUCCGCUACAUUUCUCUCCGACCACAGCCAGCAUGCCUCGGGAGAUUAUCACGCUGCAGCUGGGACAGUGCGGGAAUCAGAUUGGUUUCGAGUUCUGGAAACAGCUGUGUGCGGAGCACGGCAUCAGCCCCGAGGGCAUCGUGGAGGAGUUCGCCACCGAGGGCACGGACCGGAAAGAUGUGUUCUUCUAUCAGGCGGACGACGAGCACUACAUCCCCCGAGCCGUUCUCCUGGACCUGGAGCCUCGAGUCAUCCACACCAUCUUGAACUCGCCCUAUGCUAACCUAUACAACCCUGAGAACAUCUACCUCUCCGAGCAUGGAGGAGGAGCAGGAAAUAACUGGGCCAGCGGCUUCUCUCAGGGGGAGAAGAUCCAUGAGGACAUCUUUGACAUCAUAGAUCGAGAAGCAGAUGGCAGUGACAGUCUGGAGGGAUUUGUGCUGUGUCACUCUAUUGCUGGAGGCACAGGAUCUGGUCUUGGCUCCUACCUUUUGGAGAAACUUAAUGACAGAUAUCCCAAGAAGCUGGUGCAGACCUACUCUGUGUUUCCUAACCAGGAUGAAAUGAGUGAUGUGGUUGUGCAGCCCUACAACUCCCUGCUCACCCUCAAAAGACUGACCCAGAAUGCAGACUGUGUGGUGGUGCUGGAUAACACGGCUCUGAACAGAAUCGCUACAGACAGACUGCACAUCCAGAAUCCCUCAUUCUCUCAGAUCAACCAACUGGUCUCCACCAUCAUGUCUGCCAGCACGACGACGCUUCGUUACCCUGGAUACAUGAACAACGAUCUGAUCGGUCUGAUCGCGUCACUCAUCCCCACUCCUCGUCUCCACUUCCUCAUGACUGGUUAUACACCGCUGACCACUGACCAAUCAGUAGCGAGUGUGAGGAAGACAACGGUCCUGGAUGUGAUGCGGAGACUCUUGCAGCCCAAGAACGUCAUGGUGUCCACGGGGCGAGAUCGUCAGACCAACCACUGUUACAUCGCCAUCCUCAACAUCAUCCAGGGAGAGGUGGAUCCUACACAGGUCCACAAGAGCCUCCAGAGAAUCCGAGAGAGGAAGCUGGCCAAUUUUAUCCCGUGGGGUCCCGCUAGCAUUCAGGUAGCGCUCUCGCGCAAGUCCCCCUACCUGCCGUCGGCUCAUCGCGUCAGCGGCCUCAUGAUGGCCAAUCACACCAGCAUUUCCUCGCUGUUCGAGAGGACGUGCCGUCAGUACGACAAGCUGCGCAAGCGCGAGGCUUUCCUCGAGCAGUUCCGCAAGGAGGACAUAUUCAAGGACAACUUCGACGAGCUGGACAACUCGCGUGAGGUCGUGCAGAACCUGAUAGACGAGUACAGCGCCGCCACACGGCCCGACUACAUCUCCUGGGGAGCACAGGAGCAGUAACACACACACACACACACACACUCACACACUCAGAGGCUCUGGACUUAAAUGCUCAUCUUCAUUUCCUUGUUUGAAUGUGUAAACAAGAGUGUGUGUGUGUGUGCACCAGAGUGUAUCAGUCUUUCUCUUUCAGUCUAUAGUAAAAACCUUUAUCCUUCAUUCCAUACACACAUUUACAGUAAGGACCACACACACAUCCAGGGUCCUGAAUAAGCAGAUAAGGCAGGGUGGUCUCGCAAAACGGCUCUGUAGGGGGAAAAAAAGAUAAACCCACUAAGGGAAAAAGGCAAAGAGAAGAAAAGAUCCAUUACUGCACUUUUCUGUUUUGCUCACUCUCUGUCUCACACACACACACACACUUUUUUCCUAUCAGGAAGUGCUGUGGCUUUUCAUGGAUCGAUCGUUCACUCGUCAUGGAAGUUGGAAGCUUUUAAUAAAGACGAUUAAUCUCGCUAAUAAUCACCAUCCGUCUUCAUCUCCAGCGGUUUCCCACCACAAGAAUCCUUCAAAUCAGGUCCCGGGUCAUGCAGCUGAUCCGAGUACAGAAACAAAUCCCAUGCAUUUCAGUGUCCGAGCUCAGGAACGAGCAGAUUAGUCGAAUCAGACGUCUUCGAGCUCUUACAUUCAGCAGGACUACGACUGUAUCGUAGAAAACGCAAAGCUCUUUCUGAAAGCUUCACGGGUUCCUCAGUGUUGGCGUUAAGUCUCUCUAUAUAUAUAUUUCGUCCCUUCUCGUGGUCUUUCCUGCGCAGCCGUGCGGUCUCUCGGAGCUACUCAGUCUCUCUCCAUCCAUUUUUUUUCUACUGUAAAUAGUUGUGUUCACUCAAAUAAAUGAUUUUUUAAGACAA